AUGGCGGCCUGGCUGCAUGGAUGUACGUUGACCUCGCCACGCGGAUGGCUCAAACCAUGAAACUCGGAUCUGCUCAAGCGCCCUCGAGUUGUUGGCAAGAUCAGGAGGUGAGGCGCCGCACCAUGUUCAGUUGCUUGAUUCUCUGUCGGCUUUUAUGCUGCGCAACUGGCCGAGUACCCGCGGUUUAAGCUCAUGACCUUCCAAAGCAGCUGCCAAGCCUUCAACUUCGGUGGCUUCAUUUAU